AUGAACGGCACCCCCCUGGACGGGGAGACCUUGACGAUUGUGAUGGGGAAGAAGAUGCCGGACAAGAAGAACAACAAGGGGUCCAACCAAAACAGCCACGUUAACAACAACAGCCAUAAGCACAACAAAAUCAUCCCCCCUUUCAAAAUGCCCGUGUAUAACCCCGGCGGCCCCUACCCCCACUACAUGAAUAACAGCCACGGCAACCACCACCCGCCCCCCUAUGGCCACCUGCCCUACCAGAGCCCCUACCAGGGCAGCAUGUUCGACAAGGGCGCGCCCCCCUUCGCCGCCGCCGGCAAGCACCUUUACGAUACCCAAAAGAACAACACCAUCAUAGUGACCAACGUCCCCACGUACCUAAACGCGGAAGACAUCUUUUCGGCCUUUCAAGAGACGGGCAAAAUCGUCGACGUGCAGAUCCUCAUGAACGAGAAGAGAAAACUAACCGGGAUCGUCAGCAUCGAGUACGAAAAAAACGAGUCUGCCUCGGACGCAGUGCGCAUGUACGACGGUGGGUUUCUAAACGACAACAGGAUUAGGGUCUUCCUGGACUGCCGCUAG